UCUUUCCGCCAUGGCUGGCGCUUUCUUGUUGGAAGAGAUGAUCUGCCCAGAGGAAGCCGAGUCGUUGCGGAACUUCCUCAGCGACUGUCCUCUCCCCGUGGCGCCUGCCGAUGCAUUGACCGCCUCCUAUUGGGCCAGCCCGGAGCUACCUGGCAAUCCGGUGGAUGAACUGAUUGGCCGACUUCGGCGAGCUCCAGGUUUGGCAGAUCUCCUGCCAGACAGCGCGGGAGCGGAGUGGUGGUGGCAAGAUACCGACAACACGGAUCCUCCAAAGGUCUUCCAUACCGACUGCAAUCUGGUUCUGCCGCUGGGCUCGGACGUGGCACUGAAGUCCCAUCCUGAAUGGAGCUCUGUGAUGUACUUGACGGACCUGGGUGGAGCGACUGCGAUUUUUCACCAGAACGAGGUGUUGGCAGUUUGGCCUCGCAUCGGCAGGUAUCUCUUAUUUCCUGGCGCACAUUUGCACUGCGUCCUAUUUCCCGAAGAGCCUCCUUCCGGUGACAGGAUGACGCUACUGAUCAACUGGUGGACUCAAAAACCCCAUGGAUGCAGCCCCUCGCCGCGGAUCGCUGAGAUCGCUGAGAUCGCCCCGCCGGCGACAGCGCCGGCGACAGCGCCGGCUUCGCUCGUGCCGCCGCGACGGGUGCUAGCGAUGCAAAGGGAGCAGAGUUUCGAGGACCACGUGGAGGAAUGGAGAGCACAGCGCGUGCCAAGAGAGCUGCUUUCAGCAAAGAAGGAUCAUGUCUUGGCUGUGAGCUACCUUUCUGCGCCGCCCGAAGACUGGUGGAGCUGAAAAAAAU